AUGUCUGCGACGCGGCCGACACCACCAGUACUCCCCUCAUUGCCUUCGAUUAUCCCAAGUUCGGCCAUGGGCCGAGACGCCCGGACCAGCUCUCCUGAGCAGCUGCGAUCGCCGAGUUCCUCGCCAUACCAAAGCCAUGCAGUGCCACGACCUACUCUCGCACCGUUGUCCUCUCUCCCUCGAGGGCACGGGUCGUCGGGAUCACAAUCCGUUGCUGCGGGUCUGCCUCGUCUACCUCCCAUUCUGCAGGUAGAGAAGCAGCAGGUCACUACGAGUGCCACUCAAGCUGCGAGUGCCAGUAGACGCCGCAACGAGGCGCACUUCGUGUGUCCAGUACCAGGAUGUGGCAGCACGUUCACUCGCAGAUUUAAUUUGAGAGGACACCUGCGCUCACAUACCGCGGAACGUCCUUUCCUGUGUGAGUGGCCCGGGUGUAACAAGGGUUUCGCCCGGCAACAUGAUUGCAAACGGCAUCAAGCUCUACACACUGCGAAGGCACAGGCGAAUGUCUGUCACGGUUGUGGCAAGACCUUCAGUCGUCUGGACGCUUUGAAUGUAAGUAUACGUCCGAUCCCCUCCCGGAGACACCUGAGACUGACCGUCCCUGACAGAGGCACCGUAUGUCUACUCAUAACUGUCAUGGAAGUCUACUGA